AUGACCUUUCUCCUUCGUUGCGGUUACACUCCCUCCUUUGACUGUACAUGUAUAUCUGACGGAGGCCUGCUGCAUAUCGUUCAUUUACAUCCACGUAAAUCACGAUGGCGCGUGCAGAAAGGACACCUGGAUCAGAUGUCGAUGGUUUUGACCGCCUUUGAAUGUCUGGAACCGGACAUUAUUAUUUCGUCUAUACCUGACAACCAAGUAUUCCCUGCCAGCCGAAGAGCGAUUGAAAAUAGCCAAGUAUUCCGUGAUAUGUUCAGCUGCUGCGACAGCCGAACAACUUGCGUCAACGAAAUAAUCAGGCUCGACGAGCGUGCCAGUAACCUGACGGUUCUCUUGAAUGUACUGCAUAAUCCGCCCGGGCUCCCCGUCCAAGUUCACAGCCAUGCAAUCCAUUAUCGCGACAACAACAGCGCUCAGUCCAACCAUCUGUUCCAGCCGCAGUACAUUCCCGGAACAGUCAUACCGUUGCCCGUUAUACCGCUGUUACUUACCCUUGCAGACAAAUAUUGUAUCGAAUCUAUCACCGAAACACUGAGCAUCCAUCUGUCAGCACAUGCGCCAACAGAUUCCCUUCGUGUGUAUGGCUAUGCCGUUGCCUUCAACCUAGGAACCGUGGCCUCGAUGGCAAGCCAGUACCUUGAUCCCAUGGCGUCCUAUGGCGCUUCCCAAGUCGCAGUCAUCCCAACAGUGGCUGCGUAUCACAGAGUCCUCGUCCUGCAGAACAUCCGGGUCCAGGCGCUGCGCCGAAUUCUUUCCGGGGAAGAAAUAUUUCCUCACGGAUACGGACUCUGUACAUCCCAUCAGCGACAGACAACGUCACUUUGGGAGGCUAGAAGGACAUAUCUUUUGGGCAGAAUUCAAUCAAAUACAGACGUUGCCGGUGAGAUGGAUAUUGUACGGCCGUUGUUUACAGAUUGCAAAACCUGCCAUAAGGCUUGUUCUGCCGCGGUUGACAUGCUCGGCUACAAAUGUAGAAGGGUCAUUCGACGUGUGGAUCAGCUCAGGGAAAUGACAGAUGGUGACCUUCUAGUCGAUGGGAUAUAUGAUCUCUAA